UUAAAAUGGGAAGAAUCAAAGGGUUGGAAAAGUAUUGCAUUUCAAACAACGCAAUUACUGAAGAGAUUGAUAUUCGUGACGAAAUCGCAAAAUGGCUACGUGAACAUGGUGAAAAUCCAACGAUUAUAAUCGAUGUGAAAGAGUUGAAUCGAGUGCUUGGGGAUCGUUAUUCGCUUCACUCAUUUGCUGAUGUCUUGAAUCUGGGCGGCCAAUUCUGGAAAUUCAAUGAAAUUUUGGAUUAUUUCUUUGGCGAGAUGAAAAAGGCCGGCGCAAAUUUGAUGUUCAUUGCACGAUUGAAUGAAAGCCGAUUCAAGGAAAUGAACGAAUGGGAAAAAUCAACUUUGCAUCCCAACGAACGCUUACUGUAUAAUUUGAUGCAAAUCUGCUCGAAAUAUGGUCGACUGUCGGUGAAUUAUGGCUUGGGUAAAAGUUCAGUUUUGGCUUAUGCAAGACAGUAUCGCGACCAGGUCAUGGCAUUGAUUACGCGCAAUACAAAAUAUUUGGUGUAUGAUAUUGACUUCUCAUAUUGGUGCCUUGUCAAUGUGGAUUUCUACCAACUGAAAAUUGUAAACAUCUCGCCGAAACAGAUGCUACGAAACCUCGCAUUAAACACGAAACAAAUGCAACUCAUUUUCGCACUAUCCAUGCUCGAAUCGAAAGUAAAGUUUCGACUUGUUGAAAGAAAAUGCGAUAAAUUUUGGCGCAUGGUGCAGUUUGUGGAACCAUUUAGAUAUGGCGAGAAGGGUUUUGAUUUGAAUGCAUUGGCAUAUAAUUUGACCAAACAAGAACGUGAUGAUUUGGAAGAUAAGUUGAACCGUAUAUUUGCCAUAAACGACUACGCUGGCAAUUGGAAUGAAGACAUUUACGAGGGACUGAUUUUGGAUUUGGCAAACAAUGAGGAAUCGUUCAAUUUGGUGUUGCAAUUCUGCAAAGAAAACCUUUAUUUUGCUUACAAAUUGAUCAAUGAAAAAGAUUCGACGCAAAAAGAUCUGCUGUGCAUCGAAUAUCGCCAUAAAGAGGAUGUGAUUUUUGGUAAUGUAAUUGUCAUCAUAAUGCGCAAAAUGUGUGGAAUCCUUUUUAAAGAUGUUAAUCCAAAAAAACGUCCGGCGAUUCGCACCGUUCAAACCAACCAGCAUCUUGGUGCCAUUUUUGUCACUUCAGUAAGGGAUAUCAUUUAUCCAACAAGUGAGAAUUUUCCAUCGCAUUCAAAUGUUUAUACAGAAAAUUCCUGUGCCAUUGCCGAGUCUCGAAGAAUUGUUGGUUGA